AAAAACACAGCCAUUGAAGAUUUACAACUCUACUAAGCAAAUCGAAGUAGUUUUAUUAGUUAGUCAUCAAACCCUAGUUUCUCUCUCUAUAUUCACUGUUCAUGGCGAUUCCAAGAAGAACUCGUGAAGGUCACAUAUUACAGCCACUCUACUCGAUGAUCGCUCUAGUAUUCGUACUGGUUGCAUACAUCGAACUCGGAGACGCCGCCACAGUCGUUGACGUUUACCGGCUCAUCCAGUAUGAUCUCGCCGGUUCUCCUUACGGAUCUAGAUUCGCAUCUUUAAAUCACCAUGCCGGCUCUUCUCUCUUCGCUCCUGGUACGGAUCUUUCACGUACGGUUGCCAUGAUUCCUCUAUCUGAAGUGAAUAUAACUCUCAUUCGAGAAUAUAUUGGACAAGGAAGGCCACUGGGAGGUCUGUUAUUUUUACUUCCACGAAUUUUUAGUUUUGAGAACAAUGACGAUUUAGACAAAGAGAAACAUGGUUCUGAAAAAGACAUGUUGACUAGCGAUCUGUUGGAUCUUGAGCAAACAUUAAUUCAUGCAAAAAUUCCUUAUCCUGUAUAUUUUGCUUUUGAGGAUGAUAAUAUCAACUCUGUGUUGGCUGAUGUUAAGAGGAAUGAUGCUACUGGCCAGCCUGCAACAGCAACUGCGGCAGGGUAUAAGCUUGUUGUCUCAGCUCCGGAACCUAGGAAAGUUGUGUCUCCCACAAUCAUGAAUAUUCAGGGAUGGUUACCUGGACUAAAAACUGAUGGAGAUUCCAAUCAACUCCCAACUAUUGCCAUAGUAGCAUCCUAUGACACUUUUGGGGCAGCACCGGCUUUGUCAGUUGGUAGUGAUAGCAAUGGAAGUGGUGUUGUAACACUUCUUGAAAUAGCUAGACUUUUCUCCCUUCUAUAUUCAAAUCCACGGACAAGAGGAAGGUACAAUUUACUCUUUGGAUUGACAUCUGGUGGACCUUACAACUAUAAUGGAACUCUUAAGUGGCUUAGAAGUUUUGAUCAACGUGUACAUGAGAGUAUUGAUUAUGCAAUCUGCCUGAACACUGUUGGCUCAUCAAACAAUGAACUAUGGCUUCACGUAUCUAAGCCCCCUGAAAAUACCUACAUAAGGCAGAUAUAUGAUGGUUUUUCCAGUGUAGCAGAUGAACUAGGCGUUAAAGUUGGCAUCAAGCACAAGAAAAUAAAUAUCUCUAAUCCUAGAGUAGCCUGGGAGCAUGAACAAUUUUCAAGGUUGAGAAUAACUGCAGCAACACUCUCUGGACUAUCCACGCCCCCCAAUUUUCUAGAAAAUAGUGGUGGACUUUCUGAUAACAGACAUUUUGGAAACGAGGCUGCCAUUAUUAAAAGUGUCAAGCUUGUUGCUGAGAGUAUAGCAAGACAUAUCUAUGGUCACCAAGGAAAGAAGGUUGAAAUUUUUGCUGACAAUAGCAGUUUAGCCGUCAACCCGUCUUAUAUCGCUUCCUGGUUGGAUCUUUUGUCACAAACUCCUCGGGUUGCACCAUUUCUUACAAAGAAUGAUCCCCUUGUAAUCGCGUUAAAAAAGGAAUUAGGAGAGCACACAACAGAAGUGAAUGUACAGAAUGAGGUGCUUGAUGGGGUGUUCACAUUCUACGAUUCCAUAAGCUCGAAGCUUUAUAUUUAUCAGGUUGCCAGUGUAACAUUUGAUUUACUUUUGCUACUUGUGCUCGGAUCCUACCUGAUAACCCUCUUUAGUUUUCUUGUUAUAACAACCCGGGGUCUUGAUGAUCUCAUUAGUCUGUUCAGACGACCACCUUCGCGUAAAGUGAAAACAGCUUGAGAGAUUAUCGCGAAUAGCAUCGAAAAUCAUAUAUAAAGCCAACAACAACACUGCGAUUGAUUACUAGGUAUUGGCUUGGCUCUUGCGUUUUGAUUGAUGGUGUCUCUUUGUAACUUUCUAUUGGCAACGCCCGAGGUCUUUUCUCACGUUGUAUUGUUUCACAUUGGUCGAGAGAUAUUUGAUUAGUUUUUGUAACCCCCUUCCCUUUUUCUUUUCUUGGGCAACUAUUAAAUCAAUGCAAAUUUUAUUCUAAUUCCUU